AUGUUUGAAUCAACAAAGUUGUUCUUGGAAACUGAAUCUCAAAAUUCUUCGUGGAGGAAAAUUCAUCCAACUUUUACGAUCAAAACAUUUUGGAUAUUUGGUGAACAAGGAAAACAUAAUUAUAAAAAUAAACUUUACAAUCGAAUUCGAAAAGUAUCAAUUGAUAAU